GCUGACGUUAGUUUGUCAUAAACAUGACCGGAGAAAGCGACUGGUCGCGCCUGCGAGCAGAACUUGAGCAGGAGAGGGAAACGAAAGAAAUGCUCGAAGAGUCCGUGUCAGAUCUGCGCAGCACCAUGCGUGAACUACAAGAACGGCUGCGCAGUGUUGAUGGGGAAGGAAAUGAGUGGAAGACAAGGUAUGAGACACAGCUUGAGCUAAACGGACAGUUGGACAGACAGAUGUCACUGAUUCAUGAGAGACUGCAGGACCUCAGAGGACACCCCAUGGAUCGACUGGCCUCCAUCCGAACCUAUGACGACAUGCCAGUCGAAACACUGAGCCGGCGUCUGAAGCUCCUGACGGAGGAGAAGUGCGACCGCCGGAGUGAGCUGAUGGACUGCCACCGACGGAUCGAACAGGAGGGAAAGGCAUUUCAUAGAACCAAUGAUGAGAGGCGGGCUUAUCUUUCAGAAAUUGCUACGAUGUCUUCCACCCUCGAAGCCCAAAGGAGACAGUACUCCACCCGGCCACAGGGGGCGCCAGAGAGCAAACUGGGGAGAGGGAGGCAGACCAGCAGGAAGGCGGAGGCUGAUUCUAAGAAAGGAGAAGAGAGAGAAGAAGAAGAUGGAGGAGGGUGUGUGAAAGAAGGAGGUGGAGGAGCAACAGCAGAGAGAAGAGAAGAAUAUAAUUCCCUGCGAGAAGGCAGGUUACCCACACUAAAGUACGCCCUUAAACACAAUCCGUAACCCAAACCUGGUGCUAUAGUCAUUUAAAAGAAAGAGUGCAUCUAGGUUUGUUUACAUUUCUCAAAGGAUGAUUGUGAGGAAGGUGAUGGGGCUGCUGUCAGAGCUGUUUUAUUCAGUAUUAAUUUUCAAUUGAUGGUAAAUACAGUGGUACGAAAUGUUACAUUUCUAAGUCUGGCAAAGUUACUUGCAUGUUGUUAGAUUGUAAUAGUUUAUUUUGAUAACAUCUGCAGAGGUUUUAUGUUUUAAAUUAAUACAUAUAGAAAGAUAUUAUAAUAGAAAAUAUUCGGGAGAAUAUUGAUAUUGAUAUUAAUGUAUUAUGAAGCAUAGGGGUAAUGUUUACUCAAUGUAAAUGUCAAUAAUUAAUGUAUGUUGCAUGAGAGUGACUGUAUGUUAGUAUUAUAGAUUGACGAGGCCGGUUGAAUUCCGUGAAGUGACUUACAAUAACAAGGGACUUUUAUUGUGAAAGUGACUUUAAUGCGGACAAUAACAAGACGGGACUCUUAUUGUGAAAAUACUUGUUUAGCGACUUGACCGUAAGUGACGUUUUGACCGGGGCCAGGGACAUUGAGUCUAAAACUCCGUGGAUUAGAGAAAUCGGGUCUCUUCUCCAGGUAUCGCCGAGGCCGCAAGGCUGAGGGGGCGGAGGAGCCGGGAGCCGAGGAAGAGCGCCUUGAAUGUUUGUUUACACUUCCUGCCAUUAAAUGUUGAUAACUUAAUUCACGCACGUCCAGAAGCCUGUUUUCCAUCAUCUGUGAAGUGCCCAGUUUCAGAAUUACUUUACAAUGUACAUGCUUCUUUGUUUCAGCAAGAAGAGUACGUAGGCGACAUUUAGUUUUCUUCUUCAAAAACACCUCCUACGACUUGUAAGCAACACCACAUCCACCACCCUCUCCCAAUGGAGUCCAUCCACAGAGCGACCAGUCACCCCCGGCCCACCCACUGACCGCCU